ACAUCUCUUGGUAAAUGCCUCCAAAGUAACAACCCAACUCCUCCUGCUCCAGGUUCCCGCCAGCAUCAAGGACCAGCCUGUCUGAGAAACUCCCGGUCACAAGGCCAUCACCAAGGGACCACCUGUCCCUGUGUUGCCAGUCCCCAGCAUGCAGGAAACCCAGACAACACCCUCAUUGUCCAUCCCCAGCCGGUCCUCAACCUCCACCCAGGACCGAUCCUCCACCACCGGCCAAGCUUCAAGCACAGGUCCACAGCCCUCAAAGCCCCCAACCAUCGCACCCCCGGUGAAUCCCAAGGGCCCGAGUUCUGGGGCUGGUAUACAUCGGAUGCGCAGGAUUAUCGCUGAGGAUACCGAAUGGUCACUGGCCAUCGUGCCCCUUCUCACAGAGCUCUGCAUUCAGCACAUUGUCAAGAACUUUCAGAACAACCCUAUCCUGAAGCAGCUGCUCCCAGAGCAUCAGAAGAAGGUCCUGAGCCACCUGCCCCCUGACCUGCCACUGGCUGUGACCGCCAACCUUAUUGACGACGAGAACUACUGGCGCCGCUGCUGCAUGCAGCGCUGGCCCGUGUGCCACGUGGACGAGCACGGCGGCAGCUGGAAGCGCAUGUUCUUCGAGCUGCACCUGGAGAACCUGCUGAAGCACUUCAUCCCCAGCACCACGGACCCCGAGGUGAUCCUCAGACUGCUGCCUCUCUGCAGGAACUAUGUCCGCACCAUCCGGGUGGACCAGUUCCUUCCGCCCGUGCAGCUCCCGUCCCCGCCCCAUGACAGGGAUCAGUCAGACUCUGGCAGCGAGGGAGAGAUGGAGGAGCCCGCCAUGGACCACUACCAGCUGAGCGACCUGGUGGCUGGCCUGGACCAUCUGGAGGAGCUGGACCUAGUGUACGGUGUCAAGGACUGUGGCAUGAACUUCGAGUGGAACCUGUUCCUCUUCACCUACCGUGACUGUCACUCCUUGGCGGCUACCAUCAAGGCGUGCCACACCCUCAAGGUCUUCAGGCUGACCCGAAGCAAGGUGGACGACGACAAGGCACGCAUCCUGAUUCGAAGCCUCCUGGACCACCCGGCCCUUGAGGAGCUGGACCUGUCGCACAACCUCAUUGGAGACCGGGGUGCGCGCGCCGCCGCCAAGCUGUUGAGCCACAGCCGCCUGCGCGUGCUCAGCCUGGCCAAUAACCAGGUGCGCGCGCCCGGCGCUCAGUCGCUGGCUCACGCGCUGGUGCACAACACCAACCUCCUCUCCCUCAACCUGCGCCUCAACUGCAUCGAGGAUGAGGGCGGCCAGGCGCUAGCCCACGCCUUGCAGACCAACAAGUGCCUCACCACACUGCACCUCGGGGGCAACGAGCUGUCCGAGCCCACGGCCUCGCUCCUCUCCCAGGUGCUCUCCAUCAACACCACGCUCACCAGCAUCAACCUGACCGGCAACCACAUUGGGCUGGAUGGUGGGAAGCAGCUCCUGGAAGGCAUGUCAGACAACAAGACCCUCCUGGAGUUUGAUUUGCGCCUGUCAGAUAUCGCCCAGGAGAGCGAGUAUCUCAUCAGCCAGGCCCUCUGUGCCAACAGAGAAGCAGCCCGCCAGCAGGCCCUGAAUCCCAGCCACUUCAUGUCACCAAUCACUGCCAAGGGCCCUGAGAACCCUGCAGGAUAAGAUGGGGACAGGGGUGGGGCAGCGACCAGACCUGGGUCACUGCCGCAGCCCCUUCCCUCAUUUCAUGCCCCGCCCCCAUACCUUGCGGCAGAGUGUCAUACUGGUCCACGGGGAGGGGGAGGGGACACCAAGACUGUCCUCAGGAGGAGUGAUCAAGAGUUGUGCAGAUAAGGAUGUGAGAAGGGGCCUGGGAUAGGGGUAGGAAAUGGGACUUAGCCCUGGUACCCAGGGAGAGGGUAUGAUGGACCCACUGAAAUGACUGACUUCUUCUGGGAACAGGGAGGCAAAGCAGACCUAAGGGAUAGGGACCCGCCCACCUCCCUGACCCCUGUCCCCACCAUCUUUCUCUGUACCAAAUGGAUCUUUGACCUCUUGAUCUGCAAACACACUCUCUCUCUCUCCCUCCCCGCCCCCCGCCUCUGGCUCCAGCAGAGUUUUGCCUGGCUCUUCCACCCUCACCCCUGCAGAUGCCACCUCCCUAUUAUUUGACUCUGCUAAAAUCAUGGUUUUACAGGCCUUGCCGACCCCUAAUCCACCCGCCCAACCUGGGUGGAGGAAGCAGAGGUGACAGGAGGGAAUUAGACCUAGCCAUCUCCCCAGAGAGCUGCUCACAGGAGGGGGAGAUGGCAAGAGAGGCGCCACACUGGGAAGGGAAGUCAGUGAG